GCAGGCUUCCUGAAAAUGGCUAGCUGGGGAAAGGUCGCUGCUGUGUUGAGGAACGGUUUGAAGAGCUCCCGGGCUCUGAAGAGUUUAGCAGUGCGCCGUGCUGUCGGCCCUGGUGUUGUGGGCUCUGUAAUAGGAACCGGGGUUUUCUGUUAUUAUCAGUUUCAUGCCAACAACAGGACUCUGCCGUUCGCCGUUCACGCUGAGGAACAGAAAGAAGCUACAGUUCCUCAGCGGUCCGCCAGAAAGAUGCGUUUCAACCAGUUCGCCUCUGUGGUCUACGAACAGGAGCUCUACAUGACCCCGAGAGACUUCCUGUUCUCUGUCAUGCUGGAGAAUGUGGACCGAAAGCUGCAGAAGAGAAUUCUAACAACAGAGGAAGUGAAUAAAAUGUUGGUGGCUGCCUCCAAAGCUCGGUCUGGUAAUGAUCUGUUCAGGUCCUUAGGAGACGAUGGUUUGAUAUCCUACACAGAGUACCUGUUCCUGCUGACUAUCCUCACCAAGCCACGCACAGGAUUUCAUAUAGCUUUCAAAAUGCUAGAUGUUGACGGCAAUGAGCAUGUGGACAAAAAGGAAUUUCUCAAGCUCAAGAAAAUCAUUGGGAAGAGUAAAAUGACAGUUCCUAAGGACAGCAUAGAGAAACCAGCAGAUGAAGGGAAAGGUGUGAACACAACACUACAGGCCUACUUCUUUGGGAAGAAAGGAGAAAACAAGCUGCAGUAUCGCGAGUUCCACAGGUUCAUGGAGGACCUUCAGGCUGAAGUCCAGGAGAUGGAGUUCCUGCAGUUCUCCAAAGGUAUGGACACUAUGCGAAGGGAAGACUUUGCAGAGUGGCUGCUACACUACACCAACGAAGAAGACAAUGAAGUCUACUGGGAAAACAUGAGGAAGAAGAUCCCAGCUGGCCAAAGUAUCACAUUUGAUGAGUUCAAAGCCUUCUGUCUGUUCACCAACAACCUGGAGGACUUUGCCUUUUCAAUGAAAAUGGUCACUGAGGCCAACCGUCCUGUUGGAAUGGCCCAGUUUAAGCGAGCUGUGCGGAUCGCCACAGGCCAUGACCUCUCAGAGAAUGUGCUGGACACUGUGUUUAAACUCUUUGAUAUGGAUGGAGACAACUGUCUGAGCCAUAAGGAAUUCAUUGGUGUGAUGAAAGACAGAGUACUGCGAGGGCUGAAGGUGCAGCCUCAGAACGGCUUCUCUGGCUACUGGAAGUGUGUGAAGCAGGAGACUCUGAAGGGAGCUAAGGAGGCCCUGGGACAUAACGGGUGCCCCAUCUGAGCCAUCGUGAUGUGGCAGGAGACGUUGAUAGAUAAUCACUUACCACUGCCCAUCUUGGUAUCUUAUAUUCAAGCAGUGUAUAAGCAGUGUGAAUAAGAUGAUAAAUGUAACCAUAUGUAAAGAGCCUGAGGAUUUAUACCACUAUCUUAUGUAUAAAUAAUGUGUUUACAGAGCAUUUAUUGUCUGUUUCAGGUCUACUUAGGUAACUGUGGUGCUUGUGGUGUUUACAGUGUUACUAUAAUUUUCUUAACUAAGUCAUGUGUGUUAUAUUAAGAUCUGUGAUGAUUUUCAAAUUAAUUCUGCACUUUCCGCGAUCACCUGCAGUGUGUUUACAAAGCUGGUUUAACUGUGGUUUAAGGCAUAGACAAUAAUUCAUUUCAUAUUGACACAUUUACAUUUUAAGCUUGUAUGAUAACAGGUGUGGGUUUGUUCUUUUUUUUCAAAAUAUUUAUCAAUUAAAGGUUUAUUUAAAUGGAA